AUAGAUACAUAUCCGUCCUCUAACUCAUGAUAAAUAUCUCAUGACAUUAUGAAGUUUAUAACGACGACAUCCCUUCCGCACAACAAUGGAACCCCUUAAACUUUGUUCUCAUUUUGAUCCCUUGAAAGUCUCGCUGUCCAGUUUGUUUCCGGUACUCUUCGUGUCCACAAGGGAACGAAAUUGAGACAUCAUGGCGUUAAAAACGUCCACAGCGUCGAAAAAUCACGUAUUUUUUAAGCGAGCACAACUAGGUCCGAAGGAGAACGAAGAAGGAGUGAUUACGAAAGGGGACAAAACACGCCAAAAUUUUGCAGACGAGAAUGACAAUCAUGUCGAAACUUUGGCGUCGUCUGAGGUAGAAAAUCAUGUCGAAAGUGAGGAAGAAGAAGUUCCCUAUCGGGUCGAGAUUGCUUGGAGGAGCACAAUUAUUUUGAGCGUGAUUCAUUUUAUGGGGAUUUGGGGAUUGAUUAACUUGCUCGUGGGGAAGAUUUACUUAAAAUCGUUUGCUAUCCAAUGGGUUAUCGGGCAGAUGGGCGCGCUUGGGACGACGGGUGGCGCUCAUCGAUACUGGGCGCACCGCUCGUACCGCGCGACACGUCCACUGCAAAUAUUUCUCGCCUUUUGUCAAACAAUUUCUGUGCAGAACUCUAUCUACGAAUGGGUCCGCGACCACCGCGUCCACCACAAAUUCACCGAGACUAAUGCCGAUCCACAUAACGCGAAGAGAGGCUUCUUUUUCGCACACAUGGGUUGGCUUAUGGUUCGCAAGCAUCCCGACGUCAUCCGCAAAGGGGCCACCGUCGACAUGUCCGACUUGGAAAACGACCCCGUCGUCUCAUUCCAGCGGAGGCAUUAUCUCCCGCUCAUCACGAUAAUUGCGUUCAUCCUGCCGACCGUGAUUGUCGCCUGGUCGGGCGAAACUUGGCUGAAUUCUUGGCUGUUGACCAUGUUUCGAUACAUUUUGGCGUUACAUCUCACGUGGUUGGUAAACUCCGCCGCGCAUUUGUACGGGAUGCGACCUUAUGAUAAGGGAAUCAGUCCCCGGGAGUGUUGGUACGUGUCCAUGUUCGCGUUGGGCGAAGGAUGGCAUAACUACCACCACGUGUACCCUCAAGAUUACCGGACUUCUGAAUUCGGCAUUUACCACACCAACCUUACAGCGCUAUUUAUCGACAUGUGCGCCUACUUUGGGUGGGUAUACGGUCGAAAAACGGUGCCUAAAAGGAUCGUGGAAGCCAGAGUUUUACGAACCGGAGAUGGAUCAGAGUAUCGACAUCAUUAAACAAAAUUCUGGCCAAGAUUGUGUUUAAUUGUAAAAUUUUGAAUACAAUUUUGAGUAUUUUUUUAAAAUUCUGGCCAAGUUUAUGUCGUAAUAUAAAAAUAUUUAUAAUUAUUUAAAGUUGUUAUCAGGAUAAUUUAAGCUUUUAGAGAUAAAAAAAGUCGCCUGAUUUUAAUUAUUUAAAAAAGAUGAAAAGAAAUAAAGAGAUUUUUUGGACAACA